UAAAUGAUAAAAGCCUGGUACUUGAUCCCUCUCAGAUUUUCCAAAUUAUUGCGUUCUGGAAAUUGGCAAAACAUUCCUAUAAAAAGAAAUAGAUUGAAUACUAGAUUCAUACUUUUACUUUUGCACUCCUGUGAGUAAUUUUGGCACAGGAUCCUGAACACACAACGCACUGUCAAAUAUUCUGUUGUGCCUAUUGUUUCACACAAUGGGGACAAAGGCUUGAUGUGAAAUACGAGGCACGUGAAACAACAACAAACCCCACCAUUCCAUAGUAUGCAGCACCAGCAAGCGCGAGGAGCAGGGAUGAUGACAACACGAGGCUUCAGCAGCAGCACCACCACCAGCCCCAGUAUCCCAGUGCAACGUAUUGUGUACAGCGGAGGAUGUUGGUAGGCACUGGCGUGCGACCCGAAACGAAACCUUUAUCGAAGACCACCAGACGACGAAUGACACCGGAUAUCCGAUUCAACUCAGAAAGAGAUGUCAAACUGCUUCGUUUCAGCGCGGUGUUUUUUUAUUUCAUCAAGUCAGUUCUACAGCUGCUAGCAACUGACGGAAAUUCGCUGUAUCACCUUGUGAUGGACAUCACUUUCGCAUUUGUUUUGUAAGAAUUUCUUUAAACGGGCUUGUCACCAUGAAGGACAGACUAACCAAACAGAAAAUGAUUGUAUCGUGGAGCCCCGCGAGUAUGGUUUAUUCUUUGAGAAAAUUGUGUUGUUUUGAAAAGGGGCUGAGUCACGUUACUUCCUGAUUAACCUACCGUUGGCAGGAGGAACUGCGUGGCGAGAAAAAAAAAACUGACACGUGGAUUUACCAUCACUUCACUAGAAGGAAACAGAGAAAAGAGGAGGCACUUUCGCCGUGUCCGCUGUAACUUAUACGCCAGGCGUUUUGUGUUGAUUUGCUAUGUGAAACACUGUUGUUGAAACUCAAACUGUUUGGGAAGGGAUGCCACGGAGUCAACUAGGAGGAAUCAAAUCCUUCUUUUCCCCUCUCGAAAACUAGCAACCCGUCCUUUACCUGCGCUGAACCCAGUCUAGCCGAGUUGGGGUCGCAAACAGGAGUAUUUGUCAUUGAAUGGCAAUUCUACAAAAACAUGGGAAGAACUCAAGUCCAGACUUGGCAAGCCUUAAAGAAAACCCUGCCGAUAAUUUUGGGGCAGCAGGAUGUCAGAAGAAGUGGGCAGAGUCAAGUUCACAUUGGCCGAGGCCGGUAGCACGGGUAUGGACGGUGGUGCUGCUGCUGGGCACGUGCCUGCUCUACUGCGCCCGCGUCGCCAUGCCGAUCUGUGCCGUCACCAUGGCGGAGAAGUUCCAGUGGACCAAGCGGGAGUCGGGCAUGGUGCUGGGCAGCUUCUUCUGGGGCUACUGCUUCACACAGGUCAUCGGCGGAUACAUGAGCGACCGGGUGGGUGGUGAGAAGGUGAUGCUGUUGUCUGCGGCUGCGUGGGGGGCCAUGACGGCCUUCACCCCCAUACUGGCCCACUUCUGCUCCCAGCCCAUCGUCUCCAUGACGCUGGCACGCUUCCUCAUGGGCCUGCUGCAAGGAGUACACUACCCCUCCUUGGCCAGCCUGUGUUCCCAGAAGGUGGUGGACAGCGAGAGGGGUUUCCUUAUGAGCACCGUCGGCAGCGGAUCAUACCUCGGGACGCUGGUGAUUGGUGGCGCUGGUUCCCUCAUGUUGGACCUGUAUGGCUGGGAGAGCGUGUUCUACGUGGCCGGCCUUCUCUCGGUGCUGUGGGCCUACUGUAUGUGGAAAUACCUACUCAAAGGAGAGGGUCCCAUCAUCACUCUGGAGUCUUUGGGCAGCAGAGGUACUCAGGCCAAACUGACCCGCAGGAACUGGUUACGCCUUUUCAAACAGCCUUCAGUCUGUGCGGUCAUCGUCACACACCUCUGCACUGCGAGCACUUUCUUCACCCUGCUGUCCUGGCUGCCCACCUUCUUCAAGGACACCUUUCCGGAUGCCAAGGGCUGGGUGUUUAAUGUGAUCCCCUGGUUCGUGGCCAUCCCCUCCUCACUCUUCAGCGGCUGCCUCUCAGACCACCUCAUUAGCCAAGGAUUUGACACUGCCUCAGUCAGGAAACUGAUGCAGUUCUUCUCCAUGGGUGUGUCGAGUGUGUUCACGCUGUUCCUGUGCGGCACCACCACGUUCCCCACUGCAGUGGCCUUCGUAUCCGCCACCAUGGGCCUCACCACCUUCAGCCAUAGUGGGGUUUCUGUGAACGUUCAAGAUCUGGCCCCGUCCUGUGCUGGAGCUCUCUUUGGCGUGAUGAAUACCUGUGGUGCAUUUUCAGGUGUGAUCAUGGUGUAUCUGUCAGGCUACCUGAUCGAGGCGACGGGCUCGUGGUCAUCGGUGUUCCUCCUCAUCACCGUGGUGAACAUCCUGGGACUCUCCAUAUUCCUGGCCUUCGCCGAGGCACGACGCGUCGACAUUGAGGGCGCCAAGGGACGCUACCACAACAUGAACAUCUGACACCCCGAGACCAGACCAGGCAAGACGACAUGGGGAUGAUGAGUCCGCACACUUAAAAUCCUUUUUUUUCUCUUUGAUUUUUUUAUUCCAUGGCAGGAUUACAUGUCGACCAUUGUUUUCAGAUUCUCUGACAAAGACAAUGGUCGAAACGUAAUUCUGCCAAAAGAAAGAAAAAAGAAUUGAAGGGUGCGGACUCCUCGCUCGCUCCAAAUACUUAGUCAGCAGCCUUUGUCCUGCACCUUUUUCUGGGAUGUGCACAGUCUUCACCCUAAACAAGAUGUGAUGCCAUGACAUCCACAUGGGAGUCCAAAGACCACACAGGGACCCCACGACAACAACAUCUACAUCUAACCUGGGGAGUCUGGGGAUAGGUAGGUAGGGAGCCUGCUACCACGAAAUCCACACAGGCAGGUUUGGUCUCUUCGGUAGGUGAAGGGACCAAAGUCAGCUGGUGGGGGCCACCCUCCCAAGACCACCCUCCACCACCCAGAUCCCAGAUGGACCUCGAUGCUACCCCAACAUUCCCAUCGGACGGACCCUUGUAGAUUGAGGACCCCCAGGUCCCCCUUAACCUCCACAUUCUGUGAGUAGAAUAGGGUCCCUAGAUGAGACCUAAAACCUCCACACUGUCAGUAGUGGUGUCAUCAACCCUGACCCCUAUGGCAAUCGUGGGGCUUGGAUUCAAACAAGGCCCUGAGGUCAAAGGUCAUCCGAAGGUCACAGAGGUCAUUUAUAGCUCUAGAUGACACCGUAGCAUUGCGGGGACUUACCAAAUAGUUGCUGUGGUAAUGGUUCACAUCACACACACACACACACACACACACACACACACACACACACACACACACACACACACACACACACACACACACACAAACACACAAACACAAACACAAACACAAACACACACACACACACACACACGCAUACAGAUGUGUCUGAUAUCCAGUUUACAUAUGCAAGCUCAUAAGUGAGUCCUGGAUGAUACAGGAUCCACUGAUGGCACUUCCUACAGCUCAAUCAUCCCAAUGCAUACAAUCACUUGCUCUUUUGCUGCGUCAUUUGCUUACAAUUCAUUUUUGUUUGUUUGUUUGAUUUUCCUUGUUUACCAAUGGGCCAAUUUCAGGAGCAAUCAAUUAAUCAGAACACACCUGAAAUGUCCCUUUAUUAUAAAUGUUCUUUUGCAGCGAGACCAACAGCCUGAAUCAUGCCAAAAUGUUGAUGUUACGAUUAUAUCAGAAAAUCAUCUCAUUAUUAGAAUAUAAUACCAUCUUGUGAUGUGAUUAAUUUGAAUAUGAUUGCAAUUGUAUUAUAUUCAAAAAUACCUCAAUAAUGUUAUACCAUUUUCCACUGUUCCCAUAUAAUUCCAGAAUGGUUUGAAUGCAGUAUAAAAGUUCUCCUCAUGAAAAGCAGUUACUGUCUACGUCCACACUAUAUGUUAACAGGAGGUAUGGGACGUGAUUGUUUACAGAGAGCUGCUUGGAGGUAGUGCGGAAAAAGUCUUACUAUCGUUGGAUUUUGAGAGUGGAGGAGAGCUGAUUGAUGUUGUACAGGCCAUAUCGGCUGAGGUGGAGCACUCUUUGUCCUCGAAGGAAGAUCAGGUUUCUACUUCUCGUACAGAAAUUUGUUAAGUGUUAUGCAGGCCUUGAGGUCUUGGUACUAGCCUCGGAGCUGAAGUUAUCAGAUGACUUGUGCUUGAAAGAAAUGGCAUAGCCUUGGACCUGGAGUUGCCUUUGUCACAGUUGUGCUUCACAAAGAUUUGUCAGAGAGAUUUGACUCUAGCUGAACUUAACUGGCCCGAAAGGAAUUGUCUUGAGUCUUGUUUUUUUUUCUUAUCUUUUUUUCUUUUCCUGUUUUUCAUAGCCAGGUUCUGAACGCACAUGAGCACCGAUGCCUUCCGUCGGCAAUCUCGGUCACAGGUCGGACAUCUCAUCAAAUGAUCUUUGACCUUUGUCAAGUAGACAUGUCGCCUUGUCAAAUAAUGGCCUUCUCUAGUGCUGUGAAAUUAGGGUGGGGGGUGGUGCCGGCUAGGUAUGGGAGGAGAGGACAGGACAGAGAAGGGCUGUGGAAGUGAUAUGGAUGCAGUGAUCUGGGGCCUUCCUGGUUGCUUAGCUGCAUAUGGAGUGCCAGGAUUACCUAGUUGGCUUUGCAUACUGUAUGCAUCUAGAAUUGAGACGAGUUCUCAAUCCUCAGGACUGUAUCGUGCAGUGCAGAGACUGUGGAGAGGAGGGGAAUGGUGGUUGUUGUCAUAGUUUGUUACCAGGGCGAUUGGUGUGUAGCCAUCUUUGCUUUGCAACCCAUCCCAUAUACUGUGCCAGUGCCCGUGCCCUGAACUUUUCCUCACGUCCCCUUUUUUACGUCCCCGUUCUCAUCACGGUUUGCCCAGAAAAGCCAAGUAUUUUUCGCUUCGCAUUGCGAAACAACUUUCCGGUUUAUGAGCGUUUAGAUCUGCGGCGUGAACACGCGGAGUGAUCUGUAGUACACGGGACAUUCCGUUUGUUUUGGGUUUUGAUCAGAUUUCUGUGUAUCCCAAGUUGGUAUAUUUAUUUCAGAAUUUAGUUGUAAAAACACAUAUUUAUUGCAACAUCCAAAGCAAUCAAUCGUAAGUUCCGUCAGAUCUGUUUUUCUCUUUUCCUUUUGUUCUGUUUCUCUCUUUUGAUGUUUUGUUUUUGUUUGCAUCUAAGGUGUCUUGUUUAAUAGUGUCCAGGGACCAGUGAACAUACUGUAUAUUGUUUUUGGUUCGUUUUCAUAUCAUUGCCUUCCUGCCCCCGAGUGGACUUUUCACACAGUGUGACUAUAACAUGAGUGUUAAUUAAUACACAUGGUGCAUUCCCAUUGCCAGCUGACACUGUUCUUUGCAGUGGCUGUGGUUUACAGGAACCGAGAAGGGUUCUAUUCUGUAUGAUCUUAAGGAAACUAAAGGAAGCGAAGCACAUGGGCUCUGCCUGAAACGUUCGUGGGCAAAUAAACAACGAAAAAAUUGAAGAAUGCUGUCCUUCGCCUCCUUCAAUUAAUUAUGUUUUAUCAGGGAUUCAGCACCCAGUUAAAACCUUAAUUAAUUAUUAGUCAGUAGUGUGAACAGGUCUUCUGUUAGGAAACAAAUCUCAAUAAUGUGAGGCGAUUUAAAAACCAAAAAGAAAUCUGAUGAGUGCUUCUUUAUACAUUUAUUUUUGAGAUUUGAGUUCAUUCAUUGACAAAGUUAAGCACCUAUUGUAGAGAAUUAGACUGGUAGGUGUUGGACGCGCCUCCUGGUCCUGCUCUUUAGGAAAGCCAUGAAGGGGGGCACAUGCAGGGUGACGCAUGGUUACUGACACAUGGAGAGAGGAAGACAGAUGUGAAGGGUUAUUAUUUGCUCUUCUCAGUUACGUAACUCAGCUUUUUUUUGCUUAACUCUUUAACUGGAUCAGACUUUUCUGACCGCACACACCGCUCAUGUCACAGGAGAUGAAAGAGGGGAGUGUGCGUGCGUGUGUGCGUGCGUACGUCCGUGAUUUCAUCUUGGGGUCUCUCUCCCACUGACUUUGGCUGUGAACUGAAAUCCAAGUGUACUGUUUCUCGGUUAAGUGGACUACAUCAAAGGCUUACAGAGAGCAGUGUUGUAGCUCUAUCUGUGUUCCAAAACUCAAGGCUGCAGCUGCUGCCAUUUACUAAAGGUUACUGUGCAUGAGAUAUGCUACAUGCAUUGUAAAUGAGUAGCAGAAGGCACCAGUGAACGGGCUUUUUCAGAACCUUGGAGGUGGUUUGUGUUACAAGUAUGGAUGUUUGAAUGGAAGACACAUACACACACACGUACAGCGAACCUGGAGUGCACAAUUCCACCGACACUAGAUGUCAUGGUUUUAUUGUUACUGUUAGUGUUUAUUUAUUUCCGUUAAUCAGUUUCACAUGGCCAAGUUGUUUAUGUAUUUAAACCAUCAGUGGAAGUGUAGUUAGUCACUUGUCUGAUGCUCUGAUAUCAAACCAGUCUCUUAGUAGUGUUUCGCACCCUUUCAUAAGCUCCUCUGGAGCGUAUGUGUUCUUCUGAAUCGGGCUGGCUUGCCACUCUGUCUGCUUGCAUCCCUGAAUUUGUUCUGUAGGUCAACUGAUGUAAAUGUCACUUGGGUCACUUUGAGCAUUAGCAGCAGAGAGACUGGAUAAUACUCCUCGAAUCUUUGUCAGCAGUGCUCUAUUUUCCAGUCUAUGUAUGAAUGAGGCAAUAGUGGAACCAGGACACUUUAAAAAACCCAACGAAGACAGUUGAAGGCUCAACGUUGGUGUGUCGACCGUCUGUUUCCCUUUUCCAGCCUAACUUUUUAGAAAAUCUAGCCCUCACGUACAAUAUCACAAGGUAGAUAAUGAUACAUUUCCAUUUACCCUCAUUUAGAUGUCUAUUUACAGCUAUUGGUAGUCCUGAAAAUUAGGGUGCUAUUUGAACUGUUGUAGACUUAAAGGAACGCCACAUAUACACCCCUCUGACCAACGUGGAAAUAAGAAAUACUCUUUGACGAACACUUUGUAUGAUUGUUUUCACUUUGUCCGUUUCUCAGACCAGACCACUUGGGGUCACCCUCUCUCUGUCUUUGCCAUAUGAGAUAUUUGUGUUACCGUUUUCUUUUGGAAUGACCAACCGAUACAGGUGUAAAUGUUUUUUUUUGUUCUGUUAUAUUUUUCUUUUGAUUUGAUUUGAAAUACAUGCCUUUCCACGUGUGUAUAUACAUGUGAGAUCUUCAGCCCAGUCUGAAGGCCUUAGGUGAGCACUGUAUUUAAGUCUUACACACACGGCCAUUAUGCAGAGCCAAGUUACUUCACGCUGUGUAAAAAGAAAAAAAAGUGCUUUUUAUUAUUUGAUUCUUUUUGUUUUGUUAAAUAAAAAAAGUUAUUGUGAAUGUUAUGCAUAGAGAUCUUCUAAAUAUGUAUAUAAAAUAAAUGCAGUAUUUCAUUGCUUUGGAGGGAAAAUAUGUAUUUGUAUACAUAUUUUGAAUUUUCAAUAAAAUCUAUAUAUUUUA